AUGGCUGAACGCAAGGGAAGUUCGUGGGCGUGGCUGGCUGUAUUGCCUGUCAUCUUGGCCGCUGCGUUUACAGUGUAUCCUGAUGUCUUUGGACGUUCUGGACCAGAGGCCUUGCCCUCCGUGAGGAUUAAGCAGGGGACUGUUAUUGGGAAGUUUGUUGAUGACGGGACGUUUCCUGAACCGUUGGAGGGAUUCAUGGGGAUUCCGUAUGCGGUGCCUCCGGUUGGUGAACGACGGUUCAGACACGCUGAGCCUGUGGGUGAGAGCAAUGAGACGAUUGAAGCUUACUAUCUAGGACCAAGAUGUCCUGGCAUACAACUUGUCCCUUUCCUCAAAGACCCCAUUCUGGGACCAGAUUAUGAAUCAGAGGACUGUCUCACCAUCAACAUCUGGCGUAAGAAGGGCCAUACACCAAGCAAGGGGAAACUUCCCGUUGCGGUCUUGAUUCCUGGAGGAGCGUUCAAUCGUGGUGCUGCGAGGAUGCAUAAUUCGCAUACCAUGCUUGCCUUCUCAGAAGAGCCAUACAUCGCUGUUAGCAUGCAAUAUCGCAUUGGUGUCUUCGGAGGACUGAACACUGAGUUGACUGCUAAAGAAGGUCUGCUGAACCUCGGACUGAAGGAUGUGUAUGUUGCGCUUGAGUGGGUUCAAGAGAACAUUGCUACGUUUGGUGGUGAUCCUGACGAUAUUGGACAUCUCAUCAUGGACAUCAAUCAGCCAAAGAAGCUCUUCCACAAAGCAAUCAUGGACUCAGGAGCCCAUACCGCACGCGCAGUCCAUCCUCCAAACGCUGCUCUCAAUACCCAGCAUUUUCGGGAACUUCUCGACCUGACACCAUGCUCACACUUCAAGAACCUCAAAGACCCCAAGAUCCUCACUUGUCUUCGAGGACUUCCUUCAGAGACUGUGGACAGAGCAGGAAAAGAGGUAUUUAGACGUUCAGAUCCUUCUAUUCGUUGGGCAUGGCAACCUGUCAUCGACGGAGACGUCAUUUCACGCCGACCUAUUGAAGCAUGGAAGUCUGGCAAGUUCCACAGAGUUCCCAUAUUGACGGGUUCAGCUGCGAACGAGGGUGCUUUCUACGUUCCCCGAACGGCCGAUAAACCUGAAGAUUUCACGGGCUUCUUUCGUGAGCUUCUCCCGCAUCUCACAAAGGCUGAAGUUGCGGAACUUGAGAAGUUGUAUCCUGAUCCUUCCACAAACCCUGACUCACCACAUCUCGACACUCGUGGUAUUCCUGGCGUAGGAUCACAGUAUAAACGCCUCGAGACAGCAUACGGUCAUUACGCAUAUACAUGCCCCGUCCGCCAAACCGUAAUUUGGUCAACAUACCACCCCAACGCCGAACCCGCGUAUCUAUACCACUGGGCACUCAACAAGACCGCCCUCUUUGGCGCAAAUCACGGUGAUCAAAUGCGCUAUCAGACAUUUAACCGUGAAGUUCGUGAGAUUUCGCCUGCGCAGAGAGAAGUAGCUGGGCAGUUCCACGCGUAUUGUACUGGUUUCAUCACAAAGGGCGAUCCGAACGCUAUAAAGGGCAAAUUUGCAAGUAGGCCAGAGUGGACACCGUUUGAAGGAGGGAAGGGAAAGACGAUGUUGCUGGGAAGGGGAAAUGAUGAGAGGGCUGGGGGGACGGGGGUUGGUAAGGCAGCUGAGUUGGUUGACUUUACAUGGGGGGAUGAGCAGUGUGAGUUUUGGUGGAGGGUUUCGUCAAAGUGGGAGGAUUAG